AUGGCCUCGAAACACGGUCGAGGUGGACGAGGUGGAUUUGCGCCAUUUGAACCACGAAUCCGCCGAAACUCUGCUACGGCGAACCACACCAACGAUAUCGACCACGCCCGUCAUAUGGCUGAGAACGAGGUCGACCAUCAGAAUAAUUUGGAUAAUGACCUUCACGAACCGGCGCGUCUGUCUAUGGCCGUUCGCCAGGGAAAAUCACCAAUGACGAAUAAAUGGCGCACUGAAGGAAACCAGCGCAAUCGAAAUCAACGUCCGCCUCGAGAGCGUGAGGAAAGAAGUCGAUCUCCUCUUUCUCGUCGAAUUGAAGGGCCUCCUCCAGGCAGAGAUCGCUUUGAGAGAGACGACUUCCAAAACAGGCCUACUCGUAAACGCGACCACUCCUCUGGUCCGCGUAGACCACCACCUCGAAGGACAUCUUUGUCCCCUGCCGAAUCACCUCGUCCACAGCCAGGCCGCAGAUAUCAUCCGCCAGAAUCAGCAUAUACAUCACGAGAGUCGUCGCCUACACGUUUUCCAAAGCGAAGGCGGACUAGGAGUCCGUCACGUUCAGAUUGGAGUGACAGAGGAUUUGAUGAUAGAAGGCGCUUCAGCCGGUCAAGGAGCAGGGAAAGAUUCGAUCCACGAGGAACACGGCCAGGCAGUCGGCGGGAGUUUUCUCCUAGGCGAAGUUCACCUCCACGGCCUGCUGGUCGCCCUGCAACAAGACACGCGCCUCCAGAGGUAGAUACCUAUAUUCCUGAGAGAAGGCGGCCUGUAUCACCACCAAGACGUGGUCCAAGAAGAUCAUCCUCUCCACGACAGAGGAGUAUCACCCCCCCUUUUCGUAGAAGAUCACCGUCUCCUCCAUCCCGGAGGUAUCCUUCGCGACCUGGUUCACCAUCGUCCUACCACGAUUCUCCUCUUCCCAGCCGCAGGGGUCCACCUAGGAAGUUCACUCCCGAGCCUCAAUACCGGGGCAAGCCGGUUUCGCGAACUCCCUCUCCGGCUAGAGAAUUUGAUCGUGAAUCUAUGGAUGGUCCUUUUGCUGUGCGAGGACAUUAUGGCAACCCGAACUACGUGCCUCGUGGUCGAGGUCAAAGACCCUACCACAAUAAUCGUGGCUCCUAUAGAGCUUCAUCAAUAGCUGUCUCACCAAAUAGCUCUCAUCAUGGUUCACCACAAUCCAAUACAUUGUACCGUGGUGGUCGAGGUGGAUGGAACGGACCACAGCAACCAUACAACCAGCAACAUUCGAAUACCCAGGCUCAUCGACAGAACAACUUCUCUGGAGCUGGCCAAUCACAAGAAGAAUAUUUUCGAAGUCAGCAGCCGCCACCUCCGAACCAUCCUCAGAACACUCAGCAAAAUAGACCCUAUCGUGGUGGACGUGGUCAGCAAAGAGGAGCUCAUCCUGCACAGCAUGGUCAAGAUAGAAGAUUCUCUGGUCAAGACUACCCAGAAAGCAAUACAUCACAGCGAGGACGAGGGGGCGCUUUUAGUAAUGCGCCUUGGAACCAGAGAGGAAGAGGAGGAGCCUCUACACAGGCAGGUCCUGGCUCAAAUUCUCUACGACGUUCGCCUGCUCCUCCUCAUCAGGGUCCGCGAGAUACAACAUCAACACCGAGAGAAUUAACAGCAGCUCAGACAGUUCGUGAUACACGGAUAGACGAUGACGAACACAGAGAGCCUGAAAAUAAUGGAUUGCCUUUAGACACACCCUCGGGACCUAAAGACACAUCGAAGAUCAGCUUCGCCUUCAAACAAAAGCCACCUCCACAAUCUCCUGUAAGACCUCCUCCUGCAGAUCUCUCGGAAACAGUCAAAGCUCCUCCUACAAAGCCUGCCCUUGACCGUCCGCCACCUACUCAACCUCGUGGGAACAAGUUUCAAGAUCACAGGCCUUACAACCAAACCCAGAACUUCAAUCAGAACAACCAUCGGACACACUUGGACCGCAGAAAAGAUGACCAAGAGCCGGCAUUUCGACCUCCAAAAGGGCCAGCAGCACAACCUCAAUACCAUGCCGAAAGAACCAAACCUCCUAAUGCGCAACCUCCCUCUCGACCUCGAUCCAGAUCACCUCCUACACAGCCUGCCAAGAAGCUUAAAUCCGAGACUCCUGCUAAGCCUACCCUCACUCCUGCAAUGGCUGCCAGUGAGAGUGUCUACUACCGCAAGCCAGGCAACGAAUCUGUUGUUGGUGCAGGCACGUACGGCAAGGUCUUCAAAGCUAUUCAUAUUUUUACUAAAGAUCUAGUGGCGCUCAAGAAGAUCCGCAUGGAAGGCGAACGUGACGGGUUCCCGAUUACUGCUGUGCGUGAGAUCAAACUUCUACAGAACUUGAGGCAUAAUCAUGUCGUUGAGCUAAUGGAGGUCAUGGUUGAGAAGAAUGAGUGCUUCAUGGUCUUCGAAUACAUGAGUCACGAUAUGACGGGUCUAAUCAAUCACCCGACAUUCAAGCUAUCGGAUGCACACAAGAAAGACUUAGGCAGACAGAUGUUUGAGGGUCUCGAGUUUCUACAUCGACGCUGUGUGAUGCACAGAGACAUCAAGGCUGCAAAUCUUCUGAUAUCAAAUAGAGGCCAACUGAAAUAUGCUGACUUUGGGCUUGCAAGGUUCUACACCAAAAGCAGGAAACUGGACUAUACCAAUCGAGUAAUCACAAUCUGGUACAGGCCACCUGAGUUGCUCCUUGGUGAAACACAAUACGGACCUGCAGUGGAUAUAUGGUCGGCUGCAUGUGUAUUUAUGGAAAUGUUUACCCGUAAGGCCAUCUUCCCUGGGGAAGGAGGUGAGCUGAGCCAACUUGACAAGAUCUACAACAUGCUUGGAACUCCAAGUAAAACUGAAUGGCCAGGUAUAGCAGAAAUGCCAUGGUACGAGCUCAUGCACCCAGCCACCGCCACGACUUCUUCUGGUGAGAAGAGAAAACGCUUAUUCGAGCAGCAAUACAGUGAUGUCCUCAGCCCCGCAGCCAUGGAUCUCGUCUCUCAAAUCUUCCAGUAUGAUCCUGCCCAGCGACCUGACGCAGCCACAAUCCUAGAGCACGACUAUUUUUGCGUGGAAGCACCCGAGGCCAGACAGGCAGUGGAGCUAGCCGACGUUGGCGGCGACUGGCACGAAUACGAAAGCAAAGCACACAGGAAAGAGAACGAGAGACGAGAGAAGGAAAGGCGUAAGGAAGAACAUGCCAAGGAACGUGAGAAGAGGAAAGUGAAAGAUGCUGGACUUGAUUCUUCGACUGCUGAGCACGGUGGUAAGAAGCAUAAGAGUGACAGGGACAGGGACAGAGAUAGUCAAGGUGCAAGGGUCGAUGACGCUCCUGCUGCGCCUAUGCCCGUAGGCGAAGAAGACGAUAUGAGUGAUGGGGAGGGAAGUGCUAGGAUGAGUAUGUCUUAG